CCUCUCUCUCUUUAUACACCCAUGAGCUAGCUUCAGAUAUCAACAAACAAUCGAUGCUGCCGCCCGUCGUCCCUCUACCAACCUUUAAUCAAAUACAUGACAUGUUCAUACAAACAGGCAGAGGCCCUGAAGGCGGACAUGACAGAUUCGAAGCUGGGCGCGGCCGAGGUGUGGACGUCGCGGCAGGCGCUGCAGGAUCUGUACCAGAAGAUGCUGGUGACCGACCUGGAGUACGCUCUGGACAAGAAGGUGGAGCAGGACCUGUGGAAUCAUGCCUUUAAGAACCAGAUCACCACACUGCAGAGCCAGGCCAAGAACCGGGCCAACCCAAACCGCAGCGAGGUGCAGGCCAACCUGUCGCUGUUCCUGGAGGCAGCCAGCGGCUUCUACACUCAGUUGCUGCAGGAGCUGUGCACGGUGUUUAACGUGGACCUGCCGUCCCGCGUCAAGUCGUCUCAGCUCGGCAUCAUCAGCAACAAGCAGAGCGGCAGCAGCGCCAUCGUCACCCCGCAGCCCAGCUCCUGCUCCUACAUCUGCCAGCACUGCCUCGUGCACCUCGGAGACAUCGCGCGGUACCGUAACCAGACGAGUCAGGCGGAGUCGUACUACAGACAUGCCGCUCAGCUGGUUCCGUCUAAUGGUCAGCCGUACAACCAGCUGGCUAUCCUGGCCUCGUCCAAAGGAGACCACCUGACCACCAUCUUCUACUACUGCCGCAGCAUCGCCGUCAAGUUCCCCUUCCCAGCAGCCUCCACCAACCUGCAGAAGGCGCUGUCCAAGGCCCUGGAGAGCCGAGAUGAGGUGAAAACCAAGUGGAGCGUCUCAGAUUUCAUCAGGGCCUUCAUCAAGUUCCACGGUCACGUCUACCUGAGCAAGAGUCUGGACAAACUGGACGCUCUGAGGGAGAAACUGGAGGAGCAGUUUCAGAGGCUGAUCCUGCAGAAGGCCUUCAGCUCGCAGCAGCUGGUCCACAUCACGGUCAUCAACCUGUUCGAGCUGCACCACCUCAGAGAGCUGCCGGCGGACGGUGGCGAGCCGAGCUGCAGCAGCGAGCAGCCGGUCAGCUGGUUCCAGCUGCUCGGCCUCUUCAUGUCCUUCCUGGGCGUCAUGUGCAGCCGAGCUCUGCUCAACAAGAGUCUGGGGGAGGAGAUCAUGGGGGAGUGUCCUCUGCCCGCCAUCAAGGUGUCUCUGGACUGGCUCAGGCUGAGGCCCAGCGUCUUCCACGAGGCUGCUGUCGACCAGAGGACGCAUAUCUGGCCCUGGCUCGUCUCCAUCCUCAACAGUUUCCAGCCCAAAGAGGACGAUGUGACCUGCCCCUCAGUGACGCCCCUGCCGGAGGAGUUUGAGCUGCAGGGAUUCCUGGCGCUGCGUCCUGCUCUCAGGUCCCUGGACUUCACUAAAGGACAUCAGGGCAUCCUGGUGGACCGGGACGGACUGCCGCUGCACACCCGCCACCAGAGGCUCAUCAGCCUGGGGAAGUGGGUGGCCGACACCCAGCCGGGGCUGAUCCAGUGCAGCGUGAGCGAGGACGGCCUCCUCCUCUUCAUCACCGACAUCCCCGAGCAGGCCAUCGAGGAGCCGCAGGAGAAAGAGGCACCGGUGCUGCAGGAGUCGUCCAACGCCGAGCUGCAGCCCAACGACGGCGGCGGCGGGAGCUCGGGCCUGAAGUCCGUGCUGUCGGCGGGGAAGACGCAGAGCUCGUGGCCCGAUGGCGGCGAGCGACCCGUCGUCACCUUCAAGGAAAACAUCAAACCCCGCGAGCCGAGCCGCAGCCAGCAGCUGAAGGACAGCAGCAAGGAGCGCCGGGACUUCAGCAAGGGCCCCGGGGCUGCUGGGAAAACAGAGCCCAAGAGGGACGGCAAAAGGAAGAGCGAGCUGAAGAAGGCCCCGCACGAGAAGAGCAACGACGCCGGGAAACAGGUGAAGGCGCAGGCGGAGCUGAGGAAGACUCCGGUGUCCGAGGCCAAGAAGACACCUGUCACUCAAACUCAAACCCCCUCCCAGUUCAUCCCCAUCCAUCAUCCAGGAGCUUUCCCCCCCCUGCCCAGCAGACCAGGUUUCCCCCCGUCUGCCUAUGUGAUCCCCCCCCCGGUCGCCUUCCCGGGGCUGCAGGUGAACCCAGGCUUCACCUUCUCCACCGGGGUGUCUGUCCCCCCCUUCCUGCAGCCGGGGGUCCACAGCCAGGCCGGCAGCCAGGGCGGGAAGCCCUCACACAUUCCCUAUAGCCAGCAGAGGCCCUCGGGCCCCCCCCAGGGGCCGGGCUCCUCGGGGCCCCCCCAGUCGGUGCAGCAGCUUCAGGUGCAGGCCAUGAACCAGCAGCAGCAGCAGUCCCCCACCAAACCGAUGGGGAAGAGCCCCCCCCACCACCCAGGGAUGCAGCAGUACAUGCAGGAGCAGCCGGCUCAGAUGUGGACUCAGGCUCAGGCAGCCCUGCAGAAGCUCUCCCCCAUGCAGAUGUCUUUGAAGCAGCAGCAGCAGCAGCCCCCCCCCCAGCAGCAGGGCUUCUACAUGGCGGCCCCGGACCCCCUGAAGCUGUAUGAGCACCAGCUGCAGGCCCCCGCCCCCCCGCAGCUCUCCAUGGACAAGAAGAUGAAGUUCCCCAACAUGAAGAUGCAGGACUUCUACUGGGAGCCGUCCUACCGCAUGGGGGAGGGGCUGGCGGUGAUGGCCGACCGCAUGAAGAGGGCCCCGCCAGGGGGGAUGUGCUCCGAGCAGGAGGGCCAACAAGGACCACGUGGACCCCCGUUUGAGGACAACAAGAGCUCUCCUCUUCUCCCCCCUGACCUGUUAAAAACUCUAGCAGACUUUGAGGAGGAGGAGGAGCUGGUGUUCUCAAAGCCUCCUGAUUUCUUCCAGGCGCUGGCCGGUCCUCUUAGCACUGUGCCUGGACCCAACAUAUUUCUGCCCAAUCAGACCCGGAUGGAGAGCGGCCCUGAAGUCGUCACCCAAUCAUCUUCUCUCCUGCCCAUCUCCGGCUUCCCCAUGCAGGAGUACAACCAGAACAGCAUCUUCAGUCAGGCCUACGGGAAGAACCUGCCGCCCAGCUCCAAGCCCGACGCUCCCAUGAUGCACCAGGAGCCGUCACUCUACUCCCUGUUCGAGGGCACACCCUGGUCCCCCUCCCUCCCUGCCAGCUCAGAUCACUCCACCCCAGCCAGCCAGUCCCCCCACUCCUCCAACCCCAGCAGCCUGCCGUCUUCCCCCCCCACACACAACCACGGAGCCAUGCCGUUCUCUAACUUCGGGCCCAUCGGCACCCCGGACAGCCGGGACCGCAGGGUGGUGGACCGCUGGAAGGCCGACAAGACCGGGCCGGGCAGCGGGUUCGGACUGGACUACCUGCCGACGGGGGCCUCUUCAGGGUCGGACAGCAGCUGGCACCAGGCCCCGCCCCCCGGCAGCUCCUGGACCAAUCAGGAGUCUCCGAUGGAAGAGUCGUCCACCGUGCUGCUCGACAGCCUCAAGUCCAUCUGGUCCAGCUCCAUGAUGCAGCCGGGCCCGUCUGCGCUGGAGCAGCUGCUCCUUCAGCAGAAGCAGAAGCAGCAGCGCGGCGCCAUGAACCCCCCGCACUGAACCCAGCGGGCGGCCCAGAGUCGCAUCAACACCCACCGGAGGAGAGGAGACUACCAGGUUAGACCAGCUCCAACUAAAAAUGGGAAAUUGAACCGGCGAGAGAAGGUGGAGGCUGGGGAGGCGAGGAGCCCCCCCUGACGAGGCUGAAACACCACCCCCCCACCCCCUCGGCUGGCGAGUACCGGAGGGCACGGGAUCUCUUCACGCCUCCGUCAACCCGAGGAAAUCUGAACCUUGAGGAACAUAAACCCCCCCACUCACCAUCACAGCCCCCCCCCCAGUUUAGACACUGACUCUUCCCUCACAGACAAGAAAUUAAAGACUUGUGGGGGUCUGCAGGUCUGGUCCGAGCGCCUGUUUUUAGCGUCUCUGCCGCCGCAGACUGAGGUGAGGGGGGAGGACAGGGGGCUCAGGUGAGGCACCGGGGGGGCUCAACAUAGACUUUAUGAUCUCUCCAUUCAUUUUCAUUGCUGAGGAGGAGGAGGAGGGACCGGGGAGGGGGGGGGGGUCGGCUAUAUAAAUAUAUCAGAUAAUAUAUUGCCAUAGUUGGUUGUGCCUGAUCACGGUGCCCCCCCUCAUCAGAACUGUUUCUGAUGAAGAGCUUGGAGGCCGAGGAAGACUCCGAGGUCACAGGAAGGAAAGCAGUCCGAGGGACGGGGGCUGACGUGUAAAAUAAAAAAAAUAAAAAAGCAACGCCCGGUGAGCUUAGCAAUAGCAUUAGCGUUAGCGCCGAGAGGCCGCAGAUAUUAACAAAAAAAAUCUGGUGUUUUGUGAUUGGUUCGUAGCUGUGUUAGCUUCUCGCAGGUCUGUCUGCUCGCUUCCUGCUUCAAUAUUUUCGGGGUUCUCUUCUUCUCCGGACUUCCUGUUGUUUCUUUACUUAAGGGAGAAAAAAAACCCAAAGGUGUAACCCCGCUCGCUUCCUGACCCUGCAUCCACUUCACCUCCACGGGGGGGUCCUCUCUAAAACCACUGCAGCUCAGAGAACCACAGGGAACCCCGGAGAGCAGAACCCUCCGAUCUUACCUGGAGUCCAUCAGCGCCGCAGCUACAGGUGAACCCACCGUUGGUCUGCUCUGCAUGAGGGUCUGUCAGAAGGCACUGGGACGUCUUCAUCAUGCAGCUCCCCUCUGAUCAGCUGUAGAACCACAGGAGGAAAAAGAAACCCCAUAAUAGUCACAUCUGAGACGCUCGGGACUUGAAUCCAUUAUUUCUGCCUGUUUUCUGUCGUUUGUCUUUAAAAUAACUUUAAAAUCUUCAGACGGUUUCCACGUCUGAGCGGCUGAUCGCAGUCCUCCUGCUCCGUCUAGCCCCUCGUCUUGAGGGUUUCUGAGUUUGCGUUAAACAGAGGUAAAUGAAGGGCUCUUGUGGAGGGUUUUAUUUCUCUGGUAAUCUGAGAGCCUAUCAGAGAGUGAACCCAGCUAACCCAUCGGGACGCAGCACUGUAAGUACCUUCCUGUCCAGUUUUUCUACACUUCGUUUUGUUCCAAAGGGAUUAAAAAUAAAAAAGGCUGUUUUUAUGAAAGCAGGCUUCAGAGAGACGUGUCUAUUUUCCGUGUGAUUGUGCUUUUCAUGUUGCAUUUACAAAAUGUAUUUGAAAUAAAGAUAUUACUGAAUGUGAGGAGCUGCUUUCUCCUCCUGAGUAACAGACUCUUUAAAUAAACUCCACUCUGUCUCCUC